AUGUUUAGUGACGGCUAUUUCCAAACAGAGCUGUACAAACGAAGAUGGAUUAUGCUAGCAGUUUUCUGUCUUCUCUCCAUGACUAACUCAGGCCAAUGGCUCAUGUUCGCAGCCGUCAGCGACGUCGUUCAGUCCUAUUAUGGCGUCUCAGCUUUCGGCGUGAACUGUCUAUCCAUGGUUUUCAUGGCUGUAUACAUCGUAUUUAUCAUCCCUGGUUCGUGGAUUCUCGAUCGUUAUGGUCUAAAAGUGAAUACAUUAUUAGCGGCUGGGUUCAACGUUCUUGGAGCUUGGCUCAAAUUCUGCGGUGCUUCGAGUAAAGGAGGUUUCAACUGGUUAGUGGCAGGUCAAACGGUCACCGCUGUUGCCCAGUGUUUCAUUCUUGGUGUUCCACCUCGCCUUGCAGCGGUUUGGUUUGGUCAGAACGAGCGAGCUACCGCAACAGCUCUUGGUGUCUUUGCAAGUCAAGUUGGUGUGGCGCUGUACUUUGCUUCUGUUCCUUUGAUUGUCCCUCGUUCGUCUGACCUCAUGAUAACCAGCAAUGGCUUCCAGAUGCUCUACGGAGGGGUAUCGAUUCUUUGCAGUCUGAUUGGCGCUGCAACAUUGAUUGCUUUUGAAGACGCACCUCCAAUGCCUCCCAGUCAAUCCCAAGCGGUGUUGCAGGAAAAACAAAAGUGCUUUAGAAUGUCUUACAAGGAAUCAUUCCGUCGGCUAUUUGGUAACGCGUCCUACGUGUUUCUGUUGCUCGCAUAUGGAAUCUAUGCUGGCGUUCAAUAUUCAAUUGCAACUCUCCUUAACGAGAUGGCGUCCCAAAAGUUCCCAAAUCAAGACGUCAUGAUCGGCUUACUGGGGUUCGUUUUCGUCAUCUCUGGCCUCCCCACCACAGUCCUGGCUGGAGUCUGGCUGGACAGGACCUUAGCAUAUAAGCGUGGUACCAUCUUCUUACUAUCGACUGCUUUCCUGGCAAUGGUUGCAUUCACCAUCACCUUGGAAUUCGCCCGAAGCAUCUACGGUCUCUUUUUGGUAAUUGCAGUUCUAGGUUUCUGCGCGACAUCUUUUCUACCCCUGGGGUUCGAGUUCGCAGCAGAAAUAACGUACCCGGUACCCGAGGGCACAUCAGCUGGUAUCCUCAACACGUCAGCACAGUGUUUUGGAAUAUUUUUCAUCGUGUUAAUCGGGAGUCUUGUCGAGAAGGCAGGAGCUCUCGUGGGAUGCCUGGUGUUGUGUGGUGCGCUGUUGUUAAGUGUCGGGCUGCUUCCUUUGGUCAGAGCUGAUUUACAGCGAAGAUCUGUUGAUAUGUAUGGAGAAGAGGCAAUGGAUACAAGUCUACCGGAUGGAGAACGGUUUGGUUCGAGCUAUCAGCAGAUACCCAUGAUCGUGUCAGACUGAAGGAAAACUGGGCAUAACUUUGAAUGCAAAAAUAAAAAAAUCAUAUCAUAUGCACUGGUGAUCGUUUGUUUAGCCUUUACUUAUCAAGACUACCAAAGUUCUUCUAAAAUUUUGAGGAUGAGGGAUUGGUGCGAGUGGGAGAGAAUAAAAUGGUGGACUGGGAGGAGAGGGUAAGUAUGCAAUAGAAGUUUUGCUCCAUCAUUUGAUGGAAGCCAAUGGAGACACAGCAAUGGAGUCUUUCUCCCCUGGGAAUCUGAAUUCUUUUACAUGUAAAUCAGAUUAGACCAGAUUCGAUAGAAGAUAUUAUGGAUGCAUGCAAAUUAGAUGCAAAAGAGACAAUAAGGAUUGCAUCGACUCAAUAGCCUCACUUAUAUGAUUUUUAAACAAAAGGAUAUCUCACUGCAGGCUCAACUGUAAUACCUGCCUACUGUCAUGGCUGCCAUCACGUGAUGGUGCAGUCUCUAUUGAGAGGCAUGCAUUAACAUUAUUGCCCACCUACAAUACUCCAGUUUCGAGUUCUCUUUUGCUCAGCCUUAGUCUAGGUUGUGCAUUAAAAUAUUCAGCUAUUCAACCAAAACCCGUGGCACGCACGUUCUUUACUAUACAAUGUACCUUAAUAAAGGAAAAAAAAUACAUUUGUACACAAUUGAGGCUAGGACUGAGCAAAGGAGAACUCCAAAUGGGAAUAUUCUGUAACAGAAAUAAGAGAAUAAUGUACCUAAAUGUUACUAAUAUGGUUCACCAUACAACAGCCACUGUGAAAUACAAAACAACAAUAAACAACUGUAAAAUGUAUGG